GGGUGUCAUGGCUCUCCUUGACAGCCACUAUUGGCUGACGCUUACCUGGUGGUGGAAGAAGGUAGAGUGCGUUUCGUCAUCGUCGAAAUCAGAAACAACUUUUCCUACAUCCAGCGAUCCCGACAAGUAGAACUCGGUGAGGACGGCUUGGAAUUGAACUACCACAGUCUCCAGAAGGACUCCGAGCAUGGAGUCGAUAAUGUCUUGGAGCAAGGAGAGAGUCGACGAAUGGCUCAAAGGUCUGGAUGCCCCACUCCAGCAGUACCUUUUCUCUGACUGGGAGCUGUCAGGGGACGACCUGCUCCAGCUGACCUCUGAUGACUUGCAGAGACUAGGGGUCGACAAGAUCGGACACCAGGAACUCAUCCUGGAAGCAGUGGAGAAACUCUGCUCGCUGACUUACGGCAUGGACGGGGAGAACCUGAGCGUGUCGACAAAGAAGCUGGGAGCGGUCAGCCUGAGCCUGCAGAAGGGCAUCCAGGACCGCUGGUGCAUCAACACCUAUGAUGGGCAGGGCGCCACCAAGCUGCCGGCGGGAGUACUGCAGCUGGUGGUGGAGCUCAUCGUCGCGGCCAAGGGACUCUUCUCUCUGCUCAACAGGUACCAAUUCUUUCAGCUGAGCGGAUACACAGCCAGCCGGAGCAUUAUCGAUCACUGUCAAGAGCUCGGAAAAAUUGUGAACACGAACAACAGCGUUUACGAGAAAGAGAAAGACAUCAUCCCAAUUUGUCGUCAGCUGGUGGCAGUGUGUGAUGAGAUUUUGGAGUCAAGCCCUUCAGAGAUUCUGAACAACUCAGUGCAGCUAGAGACCGUCGACCUGGUCCCUGCUUCACCUGCCGAUCACCUGGGCAUUCACAUUGCAUCAACGGGAUCCAGCAGCCACUUUGUCACUGGGACCGUUGCCGAGUCCCCUGCGGAUAUCUGUGAGAAAAUCCUUGCUGGGGAUGAGGUGAUUCAGGUCAACGACCAAAUAGUGGUUGGUUGGAGCCGAGAGAACCUGGUGAAGAAGCUGCUGGAGAACCAGAGUGGGGUGACCCUGGUUUUGAAGAAGGUGCCUGGGUCGGCGAGACGGAAACAGCGCAUCUCUGAGUCCUCCUUAUCCGCAGCAACACAGAAAGAAGAAGAGGAGGAAGAAGAAGAGGAAGGGAAUCCGAGACAUUCCAUUUUUGAGAGGGUGGCUGCAUCUGUUCGGUCUUUAUCUUUUAGGAAGGCCAUCCACGGGCCUGAGGUUCAGCCGAGGCCUAUGGGCCAGGAGGAGUCUGAGCUUUCCUCUGACCGCGGCCUGGAGGGGACUCUGACCAACACUUCACAGAAUGACCAGCAGGGGAGGCUGUCACCUCUCCCCAAUUCAGGGGACUCUGGUUGUCCUGUAGGUUCUUCCAGACUCUCCCCGGACCCCCGGAUCGACCGGUCGACGUCCCCUUUGGGUUCCAGAAUGUUCCCCCCCCACGACCGAGCCAGUGUUAGCUCCUGUCCCGAAAUGGCUAACAAAGAAACGAAAAAGACUUCGACAAAGGGCAUAACCACCGCUCUGAGCCGGCGGCGGGUGUCCUGUCGCGAGCUGGGCCGGCCUGACUGCGACGGCUGGCUGUGGAAGAAGAGGAAGGACACCAACGUCUUCCUGGCCCAUAAGUGGCAGCGCCUCUGGUUCGUGCUCAAAGGACCGUCCCUCUACUGGUACAACAGCCCGCAGGAGGAGAAGGCAGAGGGCCUAGUUCAGAUUCCCACCUAUAGCAUAGAGAGCGCCGGAGAACACAAGAGGAAAUAUGUGUUCAAAAUGUGUCACCAACGAUUUCAAAAGUUCAUCUUUGCUGCUGAAAACCUUAAUGACAUGAGCAAAUGGAUCAACUGUCUGAUCAUAGGCAUACAGAAGCACAGGAAGUUCCAUACAGGGUUUCCUGACAGCGAGGCCGAUUGCUGCAGUGAGACCGAUUCAGAGGAGGAGGGCUCCCCAUCGCAACGCAGGAGAAAUAAGAAAAUGCAGUCCAACACGUUGCCUCGACCCAAGAAGUCCAAGAUGCCUAUACCAACUCCUCCACCAGAGGGCAGCAAAGCAGGAGUGCCCCAGGACGACGAGAUGGGCGUGAUGAUCAAGGGGCUUAAGGAAGGCGGGGUGUCCAUGACCGGCCAGGACCAGCCCUUCACCCAGGACCAGUUCAGACGGUCGUUCAUAAAACGCAACAAGAACCCGGUGAUCAACGAGAAGGUGCACACGCUGCGCGCGCUGCACAGCACACUCAAGGCCAAAGAGGCCGAGCUGCUGCUGAUCAACAAGAUCCUGGACGACUCUGACCUCACCGCCACCAAGUUCCACCAGUGGAAGGAGCGGAACGAGGAGCUCUGUCUGGAGAUCGGGAAGGCUGCCCUCGCCCGGGGGUCCCCCGCCGCGGCAGCGCCCCCCGCCCCUGACGACGGCGACGGCGCGGAACCGCGGGGCGCCACGGUAACCGCAGACGUCAAGGCGGCAACGGUCGCCGUGGAACCUGACAACGGGUCGUCCGUCGCCCAUCACGCGGAGGGCGCGGCCGCGCCACGGCUGAGUCUCAGCGACGGCGAGCAGCUGGUGGACGACAGCCUGCUGGAGAUCGACCUCGGGUUCCCCGCCAUGGCCGGCGACCGGGGGGGGGAGUACCCCCCCAUGAUGGAGCUGUUCCUGGGGUCCCCGCAGGGGGUCGCUGAGACGGAGCGGUCCGAGAUGGACAUGCUAGCGGGCGGAGACGACGACGCGGCCGCCGCCGACAACUACUUCUACAUCUGAGCGGCGGCGGCGGCGGAUCUCACGCUGGCGUCGCCCGGGGUCGUUAGUGGGUUCGGCGUGUGGCCCAGGAGGUAGAGCCGGUGGGCUGGUGUUUUUACUGGACGGCUGCCAGUCCGAUCCCCGGCUCCUCCUAGCGGGUCGAGGUGUCCCUGAGCGAGGCAACCUAACCCCAAAGGCUCCUGACUGAGCUGGCUGUCGCCUCGCAUGGCUGACUCCGCCUGAAUGGGUGAGUGCUAGGCAAUACUGUAAAGCGCUUCGAGUGGCCAGUGGUUAGAAGAGCGCCGUAUAAAUGCAGUCCAUUUACCAUUUAUUGUAUUUUUUUUACACACAUCACUAUCCCACUUGACAUAAACAGAUGAGCAAAGAUUAAGUGGGAAGACUGGCAAACAUUUCUCCCGUUCUCUUUUGUUGUUUUGCGACAUUGGGGAUUGAUGUGAUCAACUUCAAUAAGGAGCUACACACUGAAUCAUAUCAGUGAGUCCCUCCUGCUCUUAAGGUUAAAAACCUUCCGACUCAAAUGUAUUUUUAUAAGGUAACUUACACCCAAGGUCACUCAGUGUAAUAAGUUAUACCAUAUAUACCAUAUAAUUAUUCAAUAGUAUAGAUAUACUAUUGUUUGUACUACAGAUUAUUUAAAAGUAUUUCUUUGAUAAAUCUAUUUUUUUUUUAUGAGAAAAAGGAAAAGUAGUUCUAGAUAGUUAUAAAGAUAUAUUAUGCUUUUUUUUUUACUCAGAAAUAAAUGUCAACUUUGUAUACAAUGACCGCUAUUCACUGUAGCCAAGGGUGAUGGAUGUCAGAAAGCUCACAGGAGGGGUGAAGUGUGUAUCUUCUCUUUAAAUAAUAUAGAGAUACACAUCUUAAGCACCAUGCCGCAAAUUGGUUGUCUACCUUUUUUAAGAAUUAGUAUUGCCAAGUGGAAUUCAUUUUUUAUAAAUAGAGUAUUAAUGUUGUCCUUCUGAUCUACUGAAACUAUGAGUACACUGCUCUUCCAAUUGGAUUACAAUGGGGUUGUCUUAUAUUGUAUUCUUCUAAUGUAAAUACAAUUUUACAACAAUGUAAUGUUGGGUAAAAGUGAGAUUACAAAUUGUGUUGAUGGUAAUAAAUUCAUGUACACUUCUCGUCUGUUGUCAGUUUCCAGGCUCUUGUCUGAAUAAGCUGCUAUAAAUCUUUGUACCUCAUCCGUUCACUAUACAGUCCUAUACAGUUCUCUCACACAACACAUAUCAUUUUUAAUUGAGGCCUUAAUUCGACUGCUUGGUUACAAAGCUGCUGUGGGUGGUAUUAAUGCCUAUAUUUGUGCAGCUUUAUGAGCGCUAAUAAGUACUCAUAAGCACUAACCCCCCAAGAAGAAGUUAAUAAUGUAGUGUUUUUUUCCCUAACCCUAACCCCGUACUUUGUUAUCGACAACUGGCGCCUAACAUGAUAAUACACAAAUUCAAAGCUGAAGAUUGUACAGACUGCAAGGCCAUCUUAAAAUGUCCUUUAACUGCAAUCGCCCAGAUAAUUCAUUAAACUUCAUUGACAUUUAGACGGUAAACUCUUCGAUCUCUUAGUUAUAAGGGACCAUUCUGCCUCUUUCAAACAACACAUUCAUUAGCCAUAAGAAUGCUAAAAUGCUAUUCCUUUUUUGAUGCCAGUUUCACACACAUUUACACUUCAUUAUUUUACUCAUUAUUUCUAACCGAAAUGUAGUCACUCUCUUCUGAAAGAUAAGGCCUUUGUUGAAGUGAAGCCCCCAUUCUUUAUAAAGCAGUUUUGUGAGAUAAUGUCCCAGAACGCUUUUCUAUUAUUUUUUUUUGCCAUAUACUUGUCAUGUUUGGCAGAUUACGAAAGACUGAAAAGGCAGGGGACAAUUGAGUUACUAACAACAAAACCAAACCGCUAACACAUUCUUCUAAUUUUCUCAUCAAUAUAACAAAUAGUCUCAAAUCAUGUCUAGACCAGAGAGCAGAAGAAAUAUCUUUUCAUUGAGAGACAAUGGAGCUAAUGUGAAAAAAACGGUUUUAUUCUGGAAACGCUGCUGCUUAUCCAAAAGGGACAAAAACUUGCAUAAGCAUAUUAAAUAAGUAAUAAUUAUGUAAGGAGUAUUAUGUGCAAUUGCAAUUCGCUCACAUAAAACAACACAACAGUUGUAAUUGAAGAUGUGUAAUAUGGAUCAUUAACACACAUUUACAUCGCAAUGUCUACAUUUAUUUAAAAGGUAGUCACAUUUCAUUCCAUUUAAGGGCAAUAUUUCAACACCGUAUUUCAACAUCUACUCAUCUAGUCUAAAUAUUUUUAUUUUUUUUCAAUGAACAGAGUUUCUUCUUAACCGAAACAAUCACAACAAGAACAGAAACAACCAUUCAAAAACGAAAGCGGGUACAGAUCAGAACUCAUGGCAGACUGCUCUUGGCCAACCUAAUACACAAUAUCAAUUUCGCAGUUAAGGUAGCAAGUCCAUUUAGAGGUGUCUCUGCAGACCACUGCAUUCAGUUCGGGCUUUCAGCAUUUCAUACAUCCCCCAUCCAAUACGUCAUCGAAAUCUAUGUUGAACACAUCUCUGUUGUAUUUCUUUCGUAAUUCAUAGUUUUGUAAAAUUUGGUCUUAAAUGUCAUUAUAAAUUUGGUCCCGUUGUAAACGAUUGGAAAGUAUUGAGUAUGAUCCUCAUUGACCCCGACAGUCCCCUGUUAGAGGACGUUAUGCCCCGGCCGCGCUGGUCCUCCCUAGCAGCUCAUCUCAUACACCUCCGUCUCCGGACUGCUGCUGAGCUCGGGGCAGGACCGGCAGGCGG